CAAUAAUCCAGCUGAGCGUUGCACGAGCCUGUUGAAUCUGGGUCUACAAAAUGUAUGCCUGCAAAGAAAUUCCAUGGAAGCCAACAUAGAAUACAUUGUUAAACCUGCAUCAACAUUAAAAAAACUGAGGGACCUUUCUGAGAGACAACCAAAUGUCAAAACAGCACUUGAAGAGUCCCUAAAACCUACCCUUUCUCUUUUGAAACAUAGAUUUUCUAAGCUCAAGCUACAUGGCAGACCUGUAGUUGUACAUGAUGCUGUAACAUUGGAAGAGAUCAUGAAUAUUAGUGAUGUCCUGGAUUUGUUUAAAGAUGCAGAAGAUUCUAGUAGUGUGAUAGAUACAAAAGAGAAAAAUGCACCAAAAAAGUUGAAGGCUUUCAUAGACAGACAUUGCAGAGCACGGCAAUAUUCAUUCCAGAUAAAAAAAUGUGAUGCUGCUGAUUGCUGGUAUUGCACCCUCAACCCAAAGAGACUACCAGCAGAUAAGCCACUUCAUUGGUUGCCUGGUCCCACUAGAGGUCCUGAUGGCACUUUCCAACCUCUUGAGGAUCUCUUGGGCACUGAGACAAUAGACAGGGAUUGUCCUGGUCUCAGUGAUAAAGGAACCACAACAGAAAAUGACAAGUUUUGAUAGGAGGUAAAGUUCGCAGUUUCAUCAUGUGCUGUCUCUGUGAAAAACGUAGAGUUGUUUAUUGCAAGGAACGCCUAAGCAGACAACGUUACUGAUAUUGAGGAGGUCCAAGAUAACCUUCUCUAUACUUGUGGAUCUAUGCUGUUCCCCUCUGGUCAUAGAAAUCAUGAGACUGUUGUAGUCAAGGAGGGACUUGAGUGUGCAGCCAAGAUGGAAACGACCUAUUCUGCUGGCAUCACCACCAAGUUUCAGCCGGUUGUUUUUACUGUGGCGACACGGAGGUGGACAGCACAUCCCUGGCUGAAGACUGUGCAAGACUUGAAUAAACAUUACAGCAUUGUCCGGCCCAUUUGUUUUAACUGCAUAUCAAGAGGCAUCCAGCCUAAAGUUCGAAAUGCUUUGAAAUUGAAUAGAAAGUGAUCAUCAAUCAUGGAAAAUAAAGUUUAAAAGAAGCCUGUGUUUUUUA